GCGCGCGCGCGCGCGUGUGUGUGUAUGUGUGUGUCAGUUGCACAGGAACAUCCUCUGGUGAGGUGAGCUUGAAGAUUCAACACUCCUCAGAGACAUACAAACUUCAUCUAACGCCCCGAGCACCCGAGUUCCAACAGCAGGGAUUCACAGACCAGAGACUCAGUCCAGGACACACACCUCAGAAGGAGGCUUUAACCCCCGCAGGGAUACAGCCCAAACAGGAUGACAUUUUCAUCUUGGAAGCCCCCAUCCCCUCCACUCCUCCUCCUCCUCCUCUUCCUGAGCCAGUGGAACAGCACCACCUCAAACCCCCCCACCACCAUCGCCUCAAACACCACCUCCUCCCCCGCCGACACCAUCGUCAUCAACGCCACCCUCGAGGAGGCGGUGUGGGGCUGCGGUGCGGGGCUCGACCCGGCCUACCGCUACCUGUGCGACCGCCAUGCCGUGUGGGGCGUGGUGCUGGAGGCCCUGGCCUCCCUGGGCUUCCUGCUGAGCGCCGGCCUCCUGCUGGGCCUGCUCCUCUGGGCGCUGUGCACCUGCCGCCGCCGCACCAAGGGCAGCGGCCUGGGCGGCACGCUGGCCGCAAUGACCCUCUUCCUGAUGGCCACCGCCGGCCUCUUCGCCCUCACCUUCGCCUUCAUCGUCCGCCUCGGGCCCCGGACCUGCCCCGUGCGGCUCUUCCUGUUCGGCGUGCUGUUCGCCUUGGCGUUCGGCUGCCUGCUGGCCCGCGCCAUGGCCCUGCUGGGCUUCGCGGCGGCCCGGGGCUGGGGGGAGCCGGCGUUGGCCCUGGGGCUCUUCACGGUGCAGGUGGUGAUCGGGACGGAGUGGCUGCUGGUGGUCCUGGUCAGGGACGGGUUGCCCUGCGAGUACAGCCAGGAGGAGUUUGUGAUGCUGCAGAUCUACGUGCUGUGUCUCCUGGCCGCGGCGCUGCUGCUGUCGCUCCACGCCGUCUGCCGCUCGUGCCGCUCCUACGGUUACACGGGCGGGAACGGCCGCUGGCAAGGCCGGAACGCGGCGGCCAUGCUGUUCCUCACCGUGCUGCUCUCCGCCGCCAUCUGGGUGGUCUGGAUCGUCAUGGUGACCUGGGGGAACGGCAGGAUAGGCCGGCGGCCGCGGUGGGACGACCCGGUGCUGAGCGUGGUGUUGGUGGCCAACGGCUGGGUGUUUCUGAUGGGCCACGGGCUGACCCGGGUCACCCUGUUCUGCCAGGAGGAGGCUCAGGCCAAGGAGGGUCCGCUGAGCUUCGCGGGCUGGACCAGCCCCAACGCGGAGAUCCCGGGGCUGAGCAGCGUGAAGGAAGGCCGGGAGAACGGCAGCUUCGAGAACGACGUCGGCACUGGGAAAGGGAGGAGACAAGGGAGGGGAGCCGGGAAGGGACCGGUGAGGGAGCCGACGUUGAAGUCCCCAUACGAGUCAGGCUUCUCCAUGUCGGAAAUAGAUCCGGAGAGAGACUACACCAUCCCUCGACCUCAGACCACCAACACCAGCCAGCCGUAUGACCAGUACUACACACAUAGCUUCAACAACUAAGGCUGACUUUGUCUCUGUCUCUCUCUCACGCCCUCUUUCUCUCUCCCUCCCUCACACUCUCUCUCUCUCUUUCUGCUGCUCUCAUCACUCUAUAUAUAUAUUUAUUCCCAACAGACUUUUAAUUCAAACUCACAAUCUGGAUGUUUUGGGGGAUGGGGGUUCAUUGGCUGAAAACGAACUCCAGAUGAAACUGCUGGAAACCGGUGGUACGAGUGGAGAAAACGGACGAUGACAAGAGGGAGAAGACCGAAGAGAGGAGACGGUGACACAGACUGUGUCACAGAGGAAGAGGAGACUACUCAUGUACAUAUUUAUAUUCUCGACUUGUUACAAUGCUGGCACGUACAAUGCAAACAUUCUACACUCUGAAAGUAUUUCUAAUCAUCUUUAAUAAAAGUGCGAUGACUUUC